AUGAAGCUCGCCACGCUCCUCGCCGCCCUCACCCUCGGGGUGGCCGACCUCAGCGUCGGGUCCAGAAAGUUUGGCGUGUACGAGCACAUUCGCAAGAACACGAACUACAACUCGCCCGUUACCGACCUGUCGGACACCAACCUGCGCUGCAACGUCGGCGGGGGCUCGGGCACCAGCACCACCGUGCUCGACGUCAAGGCCGGAGACUCGUUCACCUUCUUCAGCGACGUUGCCGUCUACCACCAGGGGCCCAUCUCGCUGUGCGUGGACCGGACCAGUAUGUACAUGUCCAAAACUCCCGGCUCAGCCCAGGACUACGACGGGUCCGGUGACUGUUUCAAGAUCUAUGACUGGGGACCGACGUUCAACGGGGGCCAGGCGUCGUGGCCGACGAGGAAUUCGUACGAGUACAGCAUCCUCAAGUGCAUCAGGGACGGCGAAUACCUACUGCGGAUUCAGUCCCUGGCCAUCCAUAACCCAGGUGCCCUUCCGCAGUUCUACAUCAGCUGCGCCCAGGUGAAUGUGACGGGCGGAGGCACCAUCUAUUUCAACUUCCACUCGUAUAUCGUCCCUGGGCCGGCAGUGUUCAAGUGCUAG